GACUUUGGAACCGGGGCAACACACUCACAAGUCCCGGUAAUCACGUCAAGGCGGACGGCAGAACUAUAAAAGCCUAAAAAUCAAGGCGCAAGAAUUAGUCUUCACUCAAGGAGGACUCUUCUUACCUUAAGGCCUUUCCAGGUGCUAGACCCAACAUGGGGAGUACCAGGUUCUGCCUUUUGCUGCUCCUGGGCACCUACACACUGGCCCAGCAAGACGUAGGAAGUGUGGAUAAACCAGCUCCGACCUGCUUUUUGGCCAAAACGUAUAAGAACUUCCGACGCUUUGUGUACGACUACGAGGCCGAGACCUUCAACGGCGUCAACGGAGCCACAGACAACAAGAGCGGCCCCAGAGUCUCCUGUAAAGUUGAACUCGAAGUGCCUCAGACCUGCAGCUUCAUCCUUCGCACCACAGAAUGUUCUCUGAGCGAGAUAUCCGGCGUGGACGGAGAGGGCAACGCCCUGUAUCGCCCUGCCGACGGAGCUCAAGCCUUCAAAGCCGCAAUGGCCAAGAACCCGCUCAAGAUCUCAGUGGAGGGACAGACCGAUGUGAAACUCUUCCCCGAGGACGACGAGGCCGUCAACAUCUUGAACGUCAAGAGGGGCAUCGUCUCCUCCCUCCUCGUUCCCGCCAUGGAAGAGGAGAGAAACGACCAAAUGGCCACGGUGUACGGCGUCUGCGCCACAGACUUUACAGCCAACACCGCAACCGACGCAACUAUCAGCAGGGAUCUUUCUGGAUGUGAUGGUUUUAGCGCUCACCGGCAUGCCACCAGUCCUCUGGCAAUCAUCUCUGGCAUGCACUAUCCCCUGUCCAAGUUGAUCAGCAGCAGCCAGAGUUGCAAUUACAAGUUUGACAACCAGAGAAAGCAUAUGACCAGUGUGAGCUGCAGAGAGAAGCACCUCUUCCUGCCUCUCUCCCACCAGAAUGAAUAUGGACUCUCGACUAUUGUAAAGCAGACUGUGGCCCUGAGGGAGACCGCCAAGAUUAAUGACAGAAUAUUUGAUCGCAAGGAGGCCAACCUCCGCUUCCUGCCAAUGGAGCACAUUGACGAACGAUCCCCUGUGCAAUCUAAAGAUGCCGCCAUUGCCACAAUGCAGCAGCUGGACACUCUGUCCCAGACCAGUAAGGGAGAGGAGCGUGCUUCUCUCUUCCACAAACUGGUGUCUGAGCUGCGUGGCCUGAAGGCUGAUGUGCUGGGUUCGGCUGUCCUUGAGAUGAUUGAUGUGUCCAACCCCCUGACCGUGCAAGCUCUGGUCCAGUGUGGUACUCCAGAGUGCAUCAGCGCCAUGCUGAAAUUUCUCAGGACCUUUGACAAAUCUUCUCUUGAAGUCGACGCCACUGUUUAUGCCCUGGCACUGCUGCCAAACCCCUCCCGCCUUUUGGUCAACGAUGUGCUGGCUAUGGCUCAGUACAAGCAGAGCAAACCCAUCAUGUACGCUUUGAGUAACACAGUCAGGAAAUUGUACCAGGCUGAGGGCAAAGUCACUCCUGAGAUCACUGCUGCUGCGGACUUCAUGGCUUCCCAGUUGGGCUCAGACUGUGCUGGGGACAAAGACCUUACCUUCCUGACAUUGAGGGUUGUAGGUAACAUGGGAGAUGUAAUGGAAGAGGCUUACCCUGCUAUCAAGAACACGCUGUUGAAGUGUAUGAGGCAGCCUGCAACCACCCUCUCUGUUCAACUUGCAGCCAUCCAGGCUUUUAGACGCAUGUCUUUGACGGAUGAGGUUCGCGCUAACCUCCAGAGGGUCAGCCAAUAUGCAAAAGGUGCUGUGCAGAAACGCCUUGCAGCCUACCUGAUUCUGAUGAGGAAUCCCCAAAACAGUGACAUUGAGAUAGUGAAGAAGAUCCUGAAGCAGGAGCAGAACGUGCAAAUUAAAUCUUUUGUGACCUCCCACAUCUAUAACAUCAUCUCCUCUACAGAUUCUGAUACUCAGAAGCUUGCUAGGAAGAUAAUAGACGCCUUGCAGGACAUUGACGUCGGCACUCACGAUGACUACAUGACAAAGUCUCGCAACUACAAGCUGGGUGUGGCACAUGAGAACAUGCAAGUCAAUAUUCAGGGCAACCUUAUCUUCGACCCCAGCAACCACCUGCCCAGAGAGAUCCUGUUGGAAUCUACCCUGAAAGCCUUUGGCUACAAUAUGGAUAUGUGGGAGGCUGGCAUCGAAGGGAAAGGUUUUGAACCCACUAUUGAGGCCUUGUUUGGAAAAAAUGGCUUCUUCCCAGACACACUGUCCAUGGCUAUGUACUGGGCUGAGGAUAAGAUGCCACUCAAGAUAAAGGAAGUUCUGGAGAAGUGGGUUGUUACAUCAAAACCAGAAGGGUAUAAGGUUCCUGAAGAUCUUAUAAGAGAAGUAGCUCACAAUUUCAACAAGCUGAUGAGAGAACUGCAGAAUCAGGAAACACCAGAGGCCAUGGCCUACCUUAAGAUCAUGGGGGCAGAGCUGGGCUUCAUCAAGGCCAGCGAUAUUAGGUUUAUUGCUGAUAAUGCAAAAAUGUAUGCAGACAUUUUCCUCAGGCUCCUCCCCAGACAGGUGAUGUCCAAACUGAUGUCCGGCACAGACAAUGAGCUCUUUAUUCAUUACAUGUUCAUGGACAACAGGUUUGUCCUACCAACUGCAUCUGGCUUGCCUCUGACUUUUUCUCUGUCUGGCAUUUUUGCUCCCGGAGCUAAGGGAGGCAUUCGCAUUUCUCCAAACAUGAAUGAACUGCUGUUCAUGCCUUCUGUUGGAGUGGAGUUUGUGACCCGGAUGGGAGUCCAUGUCCCUGAAUUUGUUGACUCUACUGUCGAGAUGCACACCAGCAUGUACCAUGAGAGCACCCUAGAUGCUAAGCUAAUCAUGGAGCCGAACCAAGUCAAACUCUCCAUUCCGGCCGCUAAGGGCACUACAAAGCUCUUUAGAAUCAGCAAUAGAGUGCUGAUCAUGGGCGCUGGCAAGGCUGCAGAAAUCCCACACAAUACAGGUGAUGUGAGUUGUGGCUUCUUCGUCGCAUUCAAUUAUUGCACGACAAAACUUCAAGUUGACACUGGCAACAAAAAGAAUGUGCCCUACUUCCCCCUGAAUGGAGAAACAAUGUUUGCAGUUGACAUCACGCCUGCCAUACAUUUUUCGGCGUACACAGCUACCAUUGCAUAUAAUCUCCUCAGCGAAGGAAAUGAUGGCCGCCAGAAGGUUGAUUCCCUGAAGAUGACUUUGAAAACUGAAGGGGAUAAUCCCACUGAAGCUUCUGCCACCAUGAAAUACAACCGGAAUAGGAAUGUCUUCACCACCCAACUCCAGAUACCCAACAUGGACGUCGAAGGCGGAGUGAAGGUUGGCUUGACUGACAGCAGCACCAAAGGCAAAGCCAUUACCUUUGAGCUAACUAACAAGAAAGUACCACAACUCACUCUGACUGCUCGUGCCCGGCUUCAUGACAUGGCUGAUGGCCUGCUGCUGGUUCAGAUGUCGGCUCCAUCUCUGAAGACAGAUGCUACAAUCUCUGCUACCAUGAGCAAAGCUGAAGAUAUCACAUUUGAGAUCAAAAGUGAUGUGAAUCUUCCAGAGACCUCAUCCAUUCAGUCAGUCACAUUCAAAUAUGGGGAGGACCAUGCUGAGGUUAAGCUGAUGUCCAACAUGAAUGCUGAGACCAAAGUCAUAAAGCCUUACACUAAAGCCUUAAUGGUCUCAAUCCGAGAUUUUGCUGAGGAUACCAUGGAUCAUCGGGUUGUCAACACUGACAUGAAACUGCGUCAUAUUGUCAACAACGCCGUUGAGGCCAGCGGUAUCUGGACGAACAAGAUCUUAGCUGAUGUCCCCUAUGUGGAGACUGUGAUGAAUAACAUCGCAAGAGUGGAGAUGCCCUCUAUGCCCGAGAACCUAUUCAUGAACAUGGAAAGCAAAUUCCGUUACAAGUUCAACAAGGACCAUCUGACCAUCACUAUCCCUCUGCCUCUUGGGGGGAAAUCCUCUGAGGAAUUAAGGAUACCUCCCGUAGUCACCUCCCCUCACAUUUCCAUGCCACAGCUGGGAAUGGAGCUCGCCCCACGGGAAAUAAAAAUACCCAUGUUUACCAUUCCCUCUGAUCAUGAAAUCACUCUGCCCCUUAUUGGAAUGGUGGAAAUGUCUGGCAAGGUGAACAGCAACUACUACAACUGGGAGACAACUGUGUCUGCAGGCAACAACACUGAAAACUUUCCAAACUACUUGGCCAAGUUCCAAGUUAAGGCUAACAGUCCAAUCAAGCUUCUCUCCUUCACAACUGAGGGAGCAACGGAACUUACCGAUACAGACAAGAACACAAUGAAAUUCACAGUGAAUGGCACCCUGGAGCACCAAUUUGUGAGUACAAGGGUGAAUGUGGAGGAAACUGUGGCUGUCUCAGACCAUGUCAAGUCAUCAGGAAUCUACAACAUCCAUGCUGCCACCCCCCUGGGCCUGCAGACAUCUUUGGAUAUUAACAAACAUUUCUCUAUUGAUUCAGUGAAGCUAUUGGGAGAUAUCAAUGCUGACGGAAGUGUCAGUGUUGGCUCUUUAACAUCUAGCACGUCAUAUUUCAACACAUUUUCAGUUGACACGGCAAAGAAAGAGGCCCGUUUGGAAAGCACGCUGAGAGCCAACUCUGAAAUCCUGUUGGUUACAAACAAGAUCAAGGCUGUGUAUUCAAAUGAGGAGCUUAUGAUUAAUUCUAACACUAAUAUCAACAGUGAUCCCAUCAAGCACUCGACAAAAAUGAGCCUUAACCACAAGGAUGCCAAGCUUACCAUCAAGUCUGUCUCUGUGACCAAGGCUGAUCAGAGAACGCUUCACAACAAUGUUGAAUUCACCGCCUCUAAAGGUCAAGCCAACCUUCAUUUCGAAAAUAAGGCUGAUGAUACAGUAAACCGUGCCUACUCUUUGCUCUUUGCCUCCAUUAAUCCCUCUGGUUUGGAGCUCAAUACUGAUGCCUCCAUUAAUUUACUUUCGAGCCUCUCCUCUCACAAGGCAACCCUGACCCUCAACACAAAUGGCCUGACCACCAGUUGUAUUACAACUGCUCAGCACAGAACACUGACCUUUGGAAAUAUUUUCCACGGGGGAAUUGACGCUGCUGGCGCUACCAUGUCUCUUACCACAAAGGGAGGCAUUCAAGAUAACAAAGUUGAGUUCAAUGUUGAAGGAAAAGUUGCCAGCUCAGAAGUCUAUCUCAAUGGCCUACUUACAGGAGACGGUCUGGGCAUCAACACAAGAAACACAAUGAACUUCAGAGUGAGCAAAGAUGGCCUUGUCGUAUCCAACAGUAUUGUUGGAUCUUUUGACGAAAUGAGGACUGAUAAUAUUAAUUCCCUCUCUCUUACACUAACAUCUUUGACCCUCCACACCAAGAGCGACAAUACCCUUAACAAACAAAACUCCUACAUGCAUGACAUCACAGUUACCAUGGAGGAUUUUGUUGCCACAGUCAUGGUGAAAAAUGAUCUAAAGAUCAUGGAGAUUAACUUUAACAACAAUGCCCAGUUCACGGCAAAGCCCUACGAUGUGGAACUGACGGGAACACUGAAGGGACUCUUGUCAGGGGAUGAGCUCAAGCACACUUAUGAAGUCAAAUUCAAGGACAUGAUCCUCUCUACAAAGUGCAACACCAACGGUAAACUCCUGGGUUCUCAGAUCACACAUAACACAGAUAUGGAGGUUGCUGGUCUAACUAUUAAAUUCAGCAAUGUUGCCGAUUAUAAAUCACAGUCUCUUCGUCUUAACAGCAUGAUUAAUGCUCUUGCUAAACCUUUCUCCCUUAACAUUGAUGCCUUGUUCAACUCAAAUGGUGCAGUGUCUUUUUACGGACAGCAGAGUGGAGAACUGUACAGCAAAUUCCUUCUGAAAGCUGAACCCCUGCUGUUCACGCAUUCAUUUGAGUACAGAGCCUCAACCACUCAUGAGAUUGAGGGCAGACCCACUAUCAAAACCAACGUGGAUAACAAGCUCAGCAGCACCUUAAGUUUCCAAGAGCAGAGAUUCAAUCUGAAGGUGACAUCCAAGGUCAACGACCACACCUUUAAACAGGAACUUGGAGCCUACAACAAUGCAGAGAGGAUGGCUGUUGAGAUGAGAGGAGCAGUGGCCACAAGCCUCUUCAACGAAGACACUGAGGACUACAGUGUUUCUGGAUUUGUCAAGUAUGACAAGAACACUGACAGCCACUUCAUCCAGAUCCCAUUCACUGAGCACCUCCCUGUCAUUAUUGAAAAUGUCAAGAACACUAUGAUGAGACUCAUGGACAACAGUAUUGAACUUCUGAAAGACAUCAAUACCAAGUAUGAGAUCAUCACCAAGUUUCAGAACAAAGUAUCUGAACUGAAGGAAGUAAUUGACAACUUUGACAUAAACAUCUUUGUCCAAGAAGUGAGAAAGUUUACCAACGCUAUUGAAAAUAUCUUGACCUACCUGACAACUAAGUUGCCAACAAAUGAUGCUAUCUUUUGGUUGAAAUCCAUCAAGGAGACCAUCAUGGCUUACAUCAAACAACAUAACAUCCCUAAUAGGUUUAAUGUCAUUUAUGGCAAAGUGGAGGAAAUGCUGUCCAAGUAUGAGGUUGAGAAGCUGAUCGGGACAGUGAUGGAUGAGAUUGUUAAGAUUAUGAAGCAAUAUCAGGUGAGGGAAAAGAUUCAAUCUGUAUUUGCACUGCUUAGGUCAAUUGACAUCCAACCUUUGAUCCAAAAGGUUAUGGUACCUAUUCAGGAGAUAGUGAAUCAGCUGUAUUCUUUUGACUUGACGCAGAUGAUUGAUGACAUGAGCGAUUAUGUCAUAAGAAUUGUCCAGAAAAUACAAUCCUUUGAUUAUGACACAUUAACAGCAGAGUUGAAAGAGAAAGUGACAGACUUGAGCAAGAUUCCUUGUUUUGGAAAACUCUACGGAGAGUUCAAAGUAAACUCGCCACAUUAUAACCUAAGGACUACUGCAGAUCUGGAGAACACCACAACUACAUCAGUAACACCAGAGUUCAAAUUGAACCUUUAUUCUCAGGCCAAAUCUACUUUAAGAGUCCUCCAGUUUACAGUAGAUGCCAGUGCACAUAUUGCUCUACCCAAGAUGAGACGUAUGGCAAUCUCAGAGUACAUUAAGAUCGAUCAGUCAUCUUUUAAAGUAGACCACAAGGCAACAAUGGCUGUGUACCGCCUGGCAGUUCAAGGUUCUGCCGACACUAGUGUGAACAUAGCGACUGAGUUGUAUUCCGCAGAUCUUGUCAACCACAUGCACUUUGCUGUGGAAGAUGGACUCUCUGCCACUGUAAAUACAAACUACAACCAUGACCUUAACGUUUCACCCCUCAACAUCUUCACUCACGUAUCAACAACUCAAAAGACAAAUCUAACGUUGGACGCAGGCUCUGCCCAUGUGAAGAUGAACAAUGUGGCUAAUGCAAAAUAUGCAAUUGAAGAUUUUUCAGAUGAGGUAACACACAACAGUGACAUGGACCUGGUUAUGGAUUUACACACAGCCAAAGUGACUUUCAUUGGUGCAACAACCAGCAAAGGUUUUAAAACCAGUCAGAAUGUGGUUGCAGACAUCUGCAUUUUCCGCCAUGUCAUUAUUGAUGCCAAAAUUGAAACAGAAACACCUAUCAUGAAAGGCAGUGUUGCUAAACUGAAAUUCCAGGCUAAGGCUGGCGAUUUGCAAAUAGAUCUUACUGCCUCCCAUUUUGCAGAAUUGAUUGACGGAACUCUUUCAAGCACCACCCUUGCCAUGAUUACGCCUACAAAGCUUAUGUUUGAUACUAAGAAUAGGGGAAAUUCCAAGCUCUACCUUCCAAUUCAGCUGCCUGAAAAGAUUGAGUUCCAAAAUGACAUAUUACUUACGCUGAACUCUGAAAUACAACACGCCAGCUGGACAGGAAUGGCCCGACUCAACCAAUACAAAUAUUCCCAUUACUUUGAAAUGGAUAAUGGUGAUAGAGAAAUCAAUGUUGUUUCCCAGAUCAAUGGAGAGGCUAAUCUUGAUUUCCUGAGGAUACCAAUCACCAUUCCUGAAAUAAGAGUGCCAUAUAAUGGAAUGAGGACAUCAAAAUAUGACUUCACAUUCACACUGUGGGAAGAUGCUGGCCUGAGCUAUUUCCUUACUACAACUCAGCAGACGUUUGACAUGAGCUCAUAUGUGAAAUACAUAAAGAACCCUGAGAUGUUCACCCUUGACAUUAAUGUGGAUCCAGUUAUCAGUGUCAUUAACACUAACAUCAAGACGCUGCACAAGAAAAUGCUAAUCGGCAAAGAUAAGGCUGCUGCCCUGCUUGCUUCAUCGUACGAUAAAGCACAAGCAGAAUAUGAGAAAUACAGCAUUGACUUGCCUAAAACAGUGACAAUUCCUGCUUAUAAAGUACCAGUCAUCAAUGUUGAGAUGUCAACAUUCACGAUCCCCCUUCCGGACACCAGUCUUCUCACUAUGCCCACUCUGCAUGUUCCAUCAGCCAUCAGCAAGCUGACCCUUCCCAAAAUUACUCUGCCCAAAAUUAAGAGCAUAAAUGUUCCAAAGAUGGGUGAUCUGACCUACGAGUUCUCUGUGAAAACACCCAUUAUCACUCUCAAAACCAACUCCAGCAUUCUCAACCAAGACAGCUUAAUCAUCAAACUCGAUGCAUCCUCAUCUUCAGUAUGCAAAAUUCUGACAGGGAAAAUUCAUGGCCACACCAAUGUUAAUGUAGUUGGCGGAUUUAAGAUGGCCUCUGUCCUAUCUGUAAAACAUCCGGUGGUUGAAGGAAGACACGAAAGCACAGUCAUCUUGAGUUAUGAAAACGCUGACGCCUCCGUCAGCAAUUCAGCAAAGGUUCAUCUGUCUGAUCUGACCAUGGAAAUGCACCAGGAGAUGACUGGAAACCCAGAAGAAGGCCUGGUUUUCUCUGUGUCCACCCCAUCUGCUGGACAUGUUGCAGUUCAGCUGCAGACAGAGCAAAUGAGAGCAAGACUGUAUGGCCGCUACCCUACUGAACCAACAACAGACAUUGACAUCUUGACCCUGAAGAUGUCUGUGGUGAACUCUGAGAAGCUGAAUGUUCAGACUUCCUGGAACAUGGAGAUGCCAUAUGAGAUGACGCUGGCACUAAAGAAGGAGCUAUCUGAAGUGGCGCAAAUAGCCAUUUUUCCUUCUUUAAUAGCAUACGAUAAAAUUGAUCGUUAUGCCAGAAGCCUUGGGGGUUCCCUCGAACAGGCUAAGAACCACGGUGCAGUGUUGUUUAAGGAAGCUGUGGACAACAUUGCAGCAGUUAAUGUCUCCAACGUUAUAACGUCUCUCACAGAUCAGACGUCUUAUGUGCUUAGAAAAUACCAACAAAGGGUUGACCUCCUUCUUGAUGCUGUGGUUAAAUUCCUGAGAGAGACCAAGUUCCUGAUCCCAGGAUACACACAUAGGCUGUCAGGGCUUGAGAUCUAUCAGAAAUGUACUAACUUUGUCAUUACCGUAUCCGGGGAUGUAAUUGAGAUAAUCACAAACUUCUUUUUCCACAUUUUUAAUGUCACUUUUGACUCCUUUGAAGCCAUUAAGUUUACAAUUCCAGGCUCUGAUCACAUUGUCAGUGGACGUGACAUCCUAUAUAACUUUUUGAAAGCUCUAAGCGAAGUCCAUUCCCGAGUGGAGGCAACUUUGAAAAAAAUGGGAGGUUAUAAAGAUAUUGUCAGGAUUGUAUCUGCAUUUAUGGACUUGGUUGGAGCCCAAUGUGGAAAGUUUUUCCGUAUUUUAGAAUCCCGAGAUCUAGCCAGGCUCUCCACCUUUGUGACCGACAUGUACAAUGACGCCAUUAACUCACGUGCCUUUGAUAUUGUAGUCAAGCAGUUUGAGAAGGUCCAAAGGAUAAUUAUUGAAUACCUCACAAUUGUCACAAGCAAACUUCAGACCAUUCUUGCUGACGUCUCCCUGGAACAGCUUGAAGCAGACAUCCAGCCCUCAAUUGUCUCCAUGCUGAAUAGCGCACAUUCUUUGUUUAUGGAUGUCAGGGAAGUCCUUCAGGAAAAAAGUAAAACGGUUAAAGAAUUUGUGACAGCUGGUGACAGACAGAUGGAGGUCGAUAUUCCUUUUCCCUUCACAACCCAGUUCGCCUAAAUACCGUGGCUAACCGUCGCUAAUCUACGAUGUAAUUCUGUUGUUUUAUGUCAUAUACAUUUUGUUCAUAAUUUGACAACUGUUGCCCAUUGUGCCUCAUUUGUAUGUUGUGCUAUUUAAAACCUUGCUGGAUUAAUUAAAGUCAGUUUUUACUGCA